UGCUGAACAAGAGCAGAAACCUAAACCGAUCCCGGACUGUUAGUCUGUGUCCCGCUCUAAAAGCCUCCUGAAUGGGAGAAGAGAGGACGGGUUCAAGUGUUCAAGCUGAUCCACGCAGACGGACGAGGAGCGGACUGUGGAGAAAAACACUGAAUCUGAAAAGUUUUUCGGAUCUUUCUGCUGCUUCGAGUCUGGAUCCCGUUUGAACUUCAGCUGCACGGGCGAGGAGCUGUGAGACUCCGCGGAUUCAUAAACUAGUCCUCCAACCAGACCUCAAGUCCACAGCAGGAAGGUUGCCAUGGUGAACAGCAGAGUGGAGGCGCCCACAUUGGCGGUGAUGGGCGGUGGUGGUGUGACGGCAGGCAGGUCGUGUGCGGGUUGUGGAGAUCGCAUAGCGGAUCGUUUCCUGCUCUUCUCCAUGGAGCGGUACUGGCACACGCGGUGUCUCAAGUGUUCCUGCUGCCACGCGCCGCUGGGAGAGUUCAGCAGCACCUGCUACAGCAAGGGAGGAAUGAUCCUGUGCAAGAACGACUACAUCAGGCUGUUUGGACACAGCGGAGCGUGCAGUGCUUGUGGACAGUCGAUACCUGCGAGUGAGAUGGUGAUGAGGGCGCAGGGUAAUGUUUACCACCUAAAGUGUUUUACGUGUGCAACCUGCAGGAACCGUCUGGUCCCCGGAGAUCGUUUUCACUACAUCAACGGGACCAUUUUCUGUGAGCACGACCGGCCGGGUGGAGGUCUGCUGAGCCGACAUCCAACUCCACUGCAGGCCAACGGCAUGAUGCCCGACCAGAAGGUCUGCUGAGGACGAGGACGUAAAUCAAUCGUGUGCCUUCUCCCCCACCUUUCUCCUGUCUCUUCAUCAUCAUCCUCCACCUGUAAAUCCUGCCAUUGACUGACCCUCCUCGCCUCUGAUGGACCGUCGCUGCUGGUGGUUCAGAUUUCAACAUCAGGUGAAGAUCUGGACCAGGCCUGUGAUCUAGCAAUCGGAGGAGGAUACUGAGACUGGUGGAUUUUAUUUAUACAGUCAACUCUUUCUUCUUUGUGACUCUUCUCUGUGGGGAUUAUUGUGAACUACAGAAAUAUAACUGAGAAGAACUGGUUUGGCUAACGAUGCAUAAACACUAUAAUGGACCUGUUGUAUGAGCUAACCAAUCGCAGUGGACCUUGAAUAAGGAGAAAACGCUGACAGCUUUGUGACUCCUGCAGGAGCUGGAAUAUAUCAGCAACUUCACAAGAUGACAAAUUGGAUUGAUUCACCGGACAUGAGAUACCAGAUUUUUCCUUCCGCUCUCGGACUGGCCGCUGAACAAAAAUACCUCUGUAUUGAUAACUGACGCUUUCACUCUGUGUGAUUCUUUGUGAAACAUGCAAAUGUCAGGGUGGUUUCACAUUAGGAACCCGGGCCCAGAUCCGAGUACGCUUGACCCCAAAGUCUGGUUCAUUUGAUCAGUGUGAACACAAACAUACCGUACUCUUACCAACCACAAGUCCGCUUGAAGAGUUGGUCUCAAGCACGAUUGAUGUGUAUUCGAGUUGUGAAUGCACCGGUUGCUCAAACAAGAAAGUGAACCGCUAAAUAACUUCUAAACAUCUUCUGUCUCUUCCCCUUUCCUCCUCUGAGCUGCACGCUAGAUGUGGAAGUAGGACGAUGGUCGUUGUUGGCGUCUCAGAAAUAACAAAAACAUCCACAGUAAGCAGGAUGGACUCAGCCCGCGAGUGGUUGCCAUGGUAGCUUCUUCUUCUUUCUGCUUUUUAGCCGAUUUGCAAAUCAACUAUGUGCAUACUGACACCUGCUGAAUCAGACUGUGUACUCGAGUCCAGAAAGAUGUUACUAAUGUGAACGCAGACCGGAGGGGGGAGAUAUCGUGCCUAGUGUGAAAACAACCUUAAUCUCUGCUUUGUUUUUGAUCACAGUGUGUCUCUGAUGUUACAUUCCUGCCACCAACUGAAAUCUUUAGAUGAAAUCUUUGUAGACAGCUGAUAUCUUUGUCUUAACUGCAGCUAAAGCCUCACAGGGCGGACACAAACAGUGCUCCAUAUGAACAGCGUUUCUUUAUGUUCUCGUCCUCUUCAGCUGUUGAUCGUAGCCUCAGACAUCAUGAACACUUAUCAGGCUGGAGAUAUACUUGCUGUGUCAAAAUUUCUCUUUGUUUAGUUUUCAUGAUAUUGUGCAAGUGUAAUAACCAGAUUUGUAUUGAUGAAAAACUCAAUAAAUAAAAAUGCAGCAUCAAAUGCAUUGGGCCCAGAGUCGCCAGUUAACAGGGUGACUCAUUGAAACAAAACACUGACAAUGUUUCUAUUUAGUUUUUCAGGUUUCUGCGACUUCCAUUUUACAGAACUGAUCUGUCGUCAGCUAGUUUGACAAAGUGACACAACGAUCUGAUGUGGCUAUCGGGGACUCUGUUUGUCAGCUUGUCCUUAAAAACGUUCUGCUGUUGAUGUCCCCUCUGCUGUUGACUCUGUCACAUCCAAGCGGCCACCUCCAGUGUCGAAAAAUGCAGCCAAAGCGGAUAAACAAAAUCCUGCAGUUCAUCGAGUCGCCACUAGAGGCUGGCUUCAGAAGCCCCGAAAGUCACAUAC